CUUAGUUCUGCUGAUUAGCAUCACACCACCGGCCACCAAGAGUUCUCUGGUCAGACCUAAAAAAUUAAAGCUUUAGGGCCCACAGGCUGCGGCGUGUAUGUGCCAUCGAGUCUGGUCAAGACAAUCAUUGUAUGAGCACAACGGACCAGGCUUCACCCUGCGACCUAGAAGGAACAAUAAACGCUGCCAUGGACAGGUCAGACCAUCUGGUCCCAGCGCGCGGUUCCACAUACGAUGCGUCUACCGUACACUGCUGCCGGUGAGGCUGUACAUAAUUUAUGAUACAAGCAUUAAAAGCAGGGCUCCUUCAAACCAGCUUCGCAUCCUACUUGCCUGUCAUGGAACCUAUUAUCCUUUUUCCGUUUACCGACCUUCCAGUUGAGCUGGCCUUCAUGAUCCUCGAAUAUGCCGCACGACCGACUUUUGACCAGGCUGACCUAUAUGACGCUAGAAGUCCAUAUUCAUCUGCGCUUGCACUCUGUCGUGUCUCCAAAAUUGUCAGGCGCAUCGUGCUUCCCGAACUCCUGCACACCAUAUUACUGCCGGACUUUCGGCAUGUGGAAAAGUUUGUGCAUGCUCUACGUAUGCAGAAAGUGUACAAGGAGAAAGGAAGCGACCUUCAUUUUGAGUACGCACCUCGUGUACACAAAAUGUGGAUUGUAUCUCAUGGUGGGAAUCCCGCAUCAGCUCACCUGCCCCAUGCACCCCGGGCCCAUGCACUAAAACCGUCUAGAUCGCCGCUUGACAUCAGCCUCCUAGCUCCGAUACUACUCGCUGCACCGUCCCUUGCCCUUGGCUGGACAAGUCUGGACAUUCUCGUAGAAUGUCUGGAACAUGUAUGGAAGUCCCAUGCAGCCACACAUGUCGACAACGAGCAUCCCCCGCUUCCCUGGAAAACACAAACCUUAACGUUAUCGUGUACGCCCCCCACCACUGGCCCACAGUGGGAGCGUCUCACAGACACUCCCCAGGGAUCUACUUUCCUUGGUUCAAUUUCUCAUCUCUCAGCCAACCCAUACGUAUGCGACUACAAGUCUCACACAGCAGACUUAGAUCGGGACUACCGCCUGCCCCUAUGGAUGGGAAUCACUCCAUGGGCUAUUUUCAAGAGCCUUCAAACCGUCUUCCUGUCGUAUCCGCGUAUCGCAUCCUCCGUCGAUCCAUUUGCGUUGAUCUUCACGGGAAUCGACUCAUACGUGGAACUGCUGACGUUGUCUGCAUCCCUGCUGAGGGACCACUGCGACUGCAUUCCAAAGGAAAUCAAGGGGUUUGCAAAGAUUGGUCCUGGGGAGGAGUGCAUUCAAUCAGAUGAUGUUCGUUUAAAAGUGUCUGAUUCUCGGAUAUGCUGGUAUACUCGUGAUGGGUGGGAAAAAGUUUGGGCGUGCAUGUUGUGAAGCUGGCUAGGAGUGUUAUGAUAUGGCUGAUAUUCACAUAGAAUAAUUAUAUAGUAUAAUAGUAUAUUACUGUACAUGCUGGCAUGUACACUUUCGAGUU